AUGGGUGAUGACGACGAUAAAAAAUAUUUGAAAAAAUGUUUGAGAGACACAAUUGAUGCUGUUCAUGAAGCAAUAGCACAAUUACGACCAAAUCAACAAAAUGCACAAGCAUCGACUACUGAUAUUCAUUCAUUUACAUUAGAUAAAUCUGAAGACACUCAGAUGGAUGUUCUUAGAAUGGAAAUUGAAAAUACAGUUAAAAAUAAUGCCAAACAUCUAAGCGAUAUUUGUCGUAAUUACCUAUUCAAUUUUCUACAACAAUAUCACUUCGAUGAAAAAACAAGAAAAUUUACGAAUUCAUUCAAUAUGGACAGUCUUAAUCCAUUCGAACAUGAUCUAGAAGCUGCAUUAGCUGCAAUAGACGCAUUUACUGCAGCAUGGAACGGAGACAAGGAUACAGUAUUACAGUUCGUAAACAAGUAUCCAACACUUAAGGACAAACCUGGCCUACACGGAACAACUCUAUUAUAUUCAGCAGCCAAAAAUAAUCGUGAGAUACUCGUUAGAUAUCUUGUACAGGAAGUUCAUUGCGCUAUAAAUGCUCAAAAUCAACAAGAACUUGAAGAUGUAUUGCAAAUACAUUUAGCAAGUACAUAUCGUAACAUAAGCCCAUCAGCUGGUUCAACAGCACUUCACGGUGCUUGCUUCAACGGACAUUUGAACAUUGUUAAAUAUUUGAUUAAAUAUAAUGCUGAUUAUUUCAUUCGAAAUCAACUACUAGAAACACCACUAAUGAAUGGACAAAUUUAUUCACAGAUUCAGGCAUUUUUUGAAGAUUUUCUUAUCCUCGGUUAUUCUGUCACAACAAAAAAGUUACCCGAAAAACCAAUUUCAGAAAGAACAAAAGACGAAAUAUUUGAUUGUAUUUGGGAAUAUACAUCAUCAGAUGAUCAACAAUGGAUCCGAUUUUCGCAUGAUGAGUCAAAGGAAUUAAAUAAAGCAUUAAUAGUAUUACCUGAUCAGGAAAUGCAACGUACAGUCUAUUUGGGUACACCACCAAAUACUUUUAGUGCUUCAAUUAUUGAAUUUCGGCGAUCUGGUAAAAAUCGUGACCCAAAAAGUCAUCGUGCAUGGGUUCGAUGUCGUGGUUCAUCAAUUAUCAAUUUUGAUUGUUUUUCACGAUGGCAAAUAAUGCUUUUCAAACAUAAUGAAAUCACAACUCAAAGCGAACCAUCUAUGAACAUAGUUGAUAUACCAACAAUUUACGAUAGCCACUUUCAAUUACAGCUCAAUUGUUGGUAUAAUUGUACGAGAAAUAUCAAUUCACAUCUUGACAAUGCGAUGAAUUAUCGACGAAAACGAAUCACUUUCGAUCUACAAUUUGUAGGAAAUGAUUUGGAAUUCGACCUUCAAACAUUUACAUUUACAAAUAGAGAACAAAC